AUGUUCAAGAAAUUCACCAAGGAAGACAUCCACACCAAAUCAAACAUCAAAUCAUCGGUACAACGAGGCCUCAAAUCGAAAUUCGCAGAACAAUUCCCAUUGCUCAACCCGGUGAUCGAUGAUAUCAUACCCAAGAAGUCCCAGAUGAUCCACAUCAAGUGUGAAGAAAAGAUCUCGCUCUAUGCCAUCGACGACACCGUGGUGGUGUACCAAAUCAAGGAUGAACUUUUCCCAUCGCUUCAUGUGGUUCACAAAUACCCCCAGCUAUUCCACACCGUUCAAGUCGAUAGAGGGGCCAUCAAAUUCGUACUUGGUGGAGCCAACAUCAUGUGUCCUGGGCUCACUUCGAAAGGGGCUCAAUUGCCAGAAGGCGACGAAUUGCACAAGGAUGAUGUGGUAAUUGUCAAAGCCGAGGGAAAAGAAAACGCAUUGGCCGUGGGGAAAUUGGUGAUGGAUGUCCAAGACAUCAAGAACUUGAAUAAAGGAAUUGGUAUUGAGUUGAUCCACUACUUGGGUGAUGGAUUGUGGAACUUGUCAUUGAUGUGA